CGCAAAUAAACACCACAGAAGAAGAACUGCUGCGGCUGCUCUGCGGAAAGAGUCUCGUUUGCGACUCGCUCGCGGACUGUGGAACACGGUGGUUUCUCAUCUUCUGCACACACAAAUUUGACCUAACCCACAGAGGAGGAUGGCUGCAAUUGUGAAAAAUCCUUUUCAACACAUAGUUGAGCCUCUGGACCCCAAAGACCCGACUCAGCAGUUUUACAAUCUUUCCAAACUUGGAGAUCCCCGAUAUGACCGCCUGCCGUUCUCAAUCCGGGUCCUCCUGGAGUCUGCGGUCAGGAACUGUGAUGAGUUUCUGGUGAAGAGUUCAGAUGUGGAAAGCAUCCUCAACUGGAAGCAGACCCAGACUCAAGCUGUGGAGGUCCCGUUCAGACCGGCUCGCGUCAUCCUCCAGGACUUCACUGGUGUCCCUGCUGUGGUGGACUUGGCUGCCAUGCGCGAUGCGGUGAUGAAACUCGGCGGUGACCCAGAGAAGAUUAAUCCCGUUUGCCCUGCCGACCUCGUCAUCGAUCAUUCUAUCCAGGUGGACUUUAACAGGAAGUCUGACAGCCUUCACAAAAACCAGGACUUGGAGUUCGACCGUAACAGAGAAAGAUUUCAGUUCUUAAAGUGGGGCUCAAAAGCCUUCAGGAACAUGCGCAUCAUCCCUCCUGGUUCAGGGAUUGUUCACCAGGUCAACCUGGAGUACCUGGCCAGAGUGGUGUUCAACCAGGAUGGGUUCUUCUACCCAGAUAGCCUGGUGGGCACCGACUCCCACACCACCAUGAUCGAUGGACUGGGAGUGCUGGGCUGGGGUGUGGGCGGGAUCGAGGCGGAGGCCGUUAUGCUGGGUCAGCCAAUAAGCAUGGUGCUGCCUGAGGUGGUGGGAUACAAGCUGUCCGGGACCCCAGACAAGUUCAUCACCUCCACAGAUAUUGUCCUCACAGUAACUAAGCACCUCCGUCAGGUGGGUGUCGUGGGGAAGUUCGUGGAGUUCUUUGGCCCAGGCGUUGCUCAGCUGUCCAUCGCUGACAGAGCCACCAUCGCCAACAUGUGUCCGGAGUACGGAGCCACGGCGGCCUUCUUCCCCGUGGAUGAGGUCAGCAUUCAGUACCUGGAGCAGACCGGGCGAGAUGCAGAAAAGCAGGCGUACAUUACAAAGUACCUGAAGGCGGUGGCCAUGUUCAGAGACUACAACAAUGUCUCCCAGGAUCCAGAUUUCACUCGGGUCGUGGGCCUGGAUCUGACGACAGUGGUCCCAUGCUGCAGUGGCCCCAAAAGACCUCAGGACAGAAUCGCUGUGUCCGACAUGAAGACCGACUUUGAAGCCUGCCUGGCAGCAAAGCAAGGUUUCAAGGGUUUCCAGAUGGCUCCAGAGCGUCACAGCGCUGUGGUCCCCUUCCAGUUCAACGGAAAAGAGUAUUCAUUAAGCCACGGCUCCGUGGUCAUCGCUGCCAUCACCAGCUGCACCAACACAAGCAACCCAUCUGUCAUGCUUGGAGCAGGGCUCCUUGCAAAGAAAGCAAUCGAGUGUGGCCUGAGCGUGAAGCCAUACAUAAAGACCAGCCUGUCGCCCGGCAGUGGAGUGGUCACCUACUACCUAAAGGAGAGCGGGGUUAUGGACUACCUCUCUCAGCUGGGCUUUGAGGUGGUUGGCUACGGCUGCAUGACCUGUAUAGGAAACAGUGGGCCGCUCCCAGAGCAGGUGGUGGAGGCCAUGACACAGGGAGAUCUGGUUGCAGCAGGGAUCCUUUCAGGAAACAGAAACUUUGAAGGGAGAGUCCACCCCAACACCAGAGCCAACUACCUGGCGUCCCCACCGCUCGUCAUUGCCUACGCAAUCGCCGGCACUGUGAGGAUCGACUUUGAGAGCGAACCCAUUGCCAUCAACUCUGAAGGCAAAGAGAUUUUCCUGAGGGACAUCUGGCCCACACGGGAUGAGAUCCAGGCUGUGGAGAGGACGUUUGUCAUCCCAUCAAUGUUCAAAGAAGUCUAUGAGAAGAUUGAGAAAGUAAACGAACGCUGGAACGCUCUGGUUGCUCCCACUGACAAGCUGUAUACCUGGGACCCCAAAUCGACCUACAUCAAGUCCCCCCCAUUCUUCGAUGGUUUGACCAUGAAGCUGCAGCCGCCCCAGUCCAUCCAUGACGCCUGCGUGCUGCUGAACCUGGGAGACUCGGUCACCACCGACCACAUUUCCCCUGCAGGGAACAUCGCCAGGAGCAGCUCUGCAGCGCGCUACCUCACCAACAGAGGCUUGAGCCCUCGGGACUACAACUCCUACGGCUCACGGCGAGGUAACGACGCCGUCAUGGCCAGAGGGACGUUCGCCAACAUCCGCCUCUUUAACAAGUUCCUGAACAAGCAGGCGCCACAAACCAUCCACCUGCCAACUGGAGAGACGCUGGAUGUGUUUGAUGCUGCAGAGCGAUACCAGCAGUCCGGCGUCCCUCUGCUGGUUCUAGCAGGGAAGGAGUACGGCUCUGGCAGCUCCAGAGACUGGGCAGCCAAGGGCCCCUUCCUCCUGGGCAUCAAGGCCGUGGUGGCAGAGAGCUAUGAGCGGAUCCACCGCAGUAACCUGGUGGGGAUGGGAGUGAUUCCUCUGGAGUACCUGGCAGGAGACACGGCGGACAGCCUGGGACUGACCGGCCGGGAGCGCUACACCAUCCUCAUGCCCGAGCAGCUCACGCCCAGGAUGGUGGUGGAUGUGAAGCUGGACACGGGGAAAACGUUCCAGGUGAGGAUGAGAUUCGACACCGACGUGGAGCUGGCCUAUUUCCACCACGGGGGCAUCCUCAACUACAUGAUCCGCAAGAUGUCCGAAAACUAACACGCCCAGUCAUGUUCUACUGGUCAGACACAGUCCAACAUGUGACUUCUGGGGACACGUAAUCCAAUCAUUGUCCAUGUUUGGUGCAAAGAGCUGAUGAAGUUCUCUUUUCUGAAAAUGCUGCUACUUCUUUUAGUUGUUUAGACCUUGGAGAGAUAUAUGUGAGAAGUGUGUGUAUAAAUAUAUAUGUCAAGAUAUAGAAAUGAAUAUGACGUUGAUUUUGAGAGUUGAACAGUCAGCUCAACCUCAUGUCGUACUGCUCUCUGAGAGGAUGAAGGUUCUGUCGGUUUCAGAGAGCAGAGACAAGUCUUAUCUUUGUGUUUGUGGUCUUCAUCAGUUCUAAGAGCCGGUAACAUCUGGGUGAAGAAUGGAUGUUUAAUACUACGUAGACUUCAGAAGUGAUCAAGUCUCUCCCCACAGGAACGGUCACCAUUGUUUUGGUAGGAAGGUUCCGUUCUGUUGCCAUAGCUACGGGGUGUCACUGGGAUAACGCAUGAGGAUCAAUAACUCAGUCGGUUCAAUGUGCCUGCUUCGGUCUCCUACGUGUUCCGUUAACGCUCCCGCCAUUACUCCACUGACCAACAGGUGUCAGUAAUGAGCUCCGAGGAGAGAAGAAGCUCGUAAACCAGGCGUCAUUUGUUGUGUCGUUAGUCCUUGUGCCACAUUUAGUUUACAUCCAAAUGUCAUUCUCUAGUGGCUCCGCUACUUUAUUCCAUCUUUUAUAGCUAACCUGCAUAGCAACAUUUCUAAAUGGGGACCUUUUGAUUGGAGCACUAGCUAUAUGAGAAGUCCUUAACCUCCCAACGUUCCCUUAAUCUUGUUCAUUAGCAAUAGACUUGAUGAAUUAUGCUGGCCAAACCGUCUUCACAGAUAAAUAAAAUUAAACAAAUAACAGGCCAUGAAACUAGAUUUACCGAUAACAGAAGUGCCAAAAGAGUGCUAACAAUGCCCAUGUUGUAGUAAUCCAGAAUUCCUCUCAAGGACCACAAUCUAUAAUAUAAUAUUCUUGACUUUGUUGAAAAGAAUUAACUUUAAUGUACAUCUCAGCAGAAGUCCUUGAAAACAAAUAUUCCACGAGUCUGCUGAUGAAGAUCCUGGGAUAUGAUUAAAAGCUGCAUGGGUCAUGUGGGGAGGUCGCCUCGUUGGGGAUAAAAUCGUAUUGUGUGGGAGCCAUAAAUCAUAAAGGAAGACCCUGUGGUGGCGGUCUGUGUCAGUCCUGGUUCCCUCACGCUGUGUACCAACGUGCACUUUUCCAUCUCACCGCUCACGUCUCAGAAACCCUUCCAGGCGUCAGUGUCAACGUCAUGCUUUUGAAUGUCUUAAUAUCUUUCUGAUUGUGUCUUUUUGCCCUUUUAUCCUAAAACACUGAAUAUUUUGAUUAUGAAGACUGACCAAACGUUCAACUCUGUCUGAAUGCAAUAAAUCACUGAUUAACAGA